GAGUUAUAUUCUUCCAGCGGUUCCGUUCUAAUCCGCCUCUCUCUCCGCCGGUUCCCCCAUUUCCUUUCCUCCUUCCCGUUCGAAUCGAUGGCUCGCGUCUUCUCCCACCUUCGAAUUCGCGAUGCCUUCCCUUUCAACCGCCUCAUCGCCGUCCGAGAACGCUCUCACGCGCGGAUCAUUGAGAUCGACCUCGCCGCCGAGGCUGACGCCGGUGAGGGCGAAGGCGAGGGCGAGGUUGAUGUCGACGUCCUCAGCCUCCGACGCCUUGAGGAUGCUGUUCGCGCGAUCUCUGUACGAAGGGCGGCUCCGGAUUGGCUCCCUUUCGUUCCGGGAUCCUCCUAUUGGUUUCCCCCGCCCAGACGGGCCGGCGGAGUGGUGGAUGUGGUGAAAAAGCUAGCGAAUCCUCUGACGGAGGAGGAGAGCAUGUCCCUGACAACUGUCCGCGGGUGGCCUUCUUCGGCUUACUUCGUUGACGGUGUCUCUCCGCGUUCUGUAAAGAAGAAUAUGAAGAAGGCAUCAGCACAGUCAGAUGAUGAAGAUUGAUUAGUCUCUUCUGAUGGACGGAGCUGGGCUUGAUUCACGCCUUGUAAAUAAUUUAGCUGUUGUGCCCUGCAAUCCAAGGGAUGUAAAUAGGCGAAGCAUACAUCACCUGUGCAAUUUGUUUUCGUUUUCCCUUUAAUCUUGUUGCAACUUAUCGAUGUAUGUGCUACUGGUUCUACUAUGAGUGCUAUUUUAGAAAGCCAGUAACCUUUAGCUUCUCUCACAAAAAACUCUUCUCGUUAAACUUAA